CUGUAUUAAAUGUAGGAACAUUGCAGAAUCAGCGAGAGUAAAACAUGGCUUGUUGAGCAGAAGCACAUCUGGGGAAUCUUUGAAAAAAAAUUCAGGAAAGAACCUUCCUGGUGUCUGUUUUGCGCUGUUUUCCUAUUUGAUUCCACGGAGCAUGUGACUCCAGGUAACCAGCAAAGGCAUUUUCUCUGCAUAGACUUUUUGAAGAUUUUUAUUCUGGGUCACCAUGCUGGCAGAAAGCUUCCUAGCUGUCUUUGCCUAUAGAGUUGAGCCCUAUGACUCACAUCAAGGCCGGUUGCUCAAAACUGUUGGAGAAGAAACUUGGCAAAGCCAGUUUACAGAUACAGAUGCACAUGAAAAGCUCUCUGUGGAAUCCAAUCAGACAGCAGCUGAGAAGAUGGUGGGGAUUCAUGGUGAUAACAUGGAUCAAAUAGGUCAUCAAUGGAUCCCUGGACAAGAUGCACCAAGGAACAAAAGCCACAAGAUCCCUCCCUCUGUUCCUCAGCGUCUACCAAGAGAAGAGCAGUACUGUGAAAAAGAGCUGGAUUUGUACAGAUCUUGGUCGUGCCAAAGUCUUUAUCAGAAUUAUCCUGAUCUGCAUAUUGGAGGUGAUCAUGUCGCUGACCACACAUGUGAUUCAGGUUGCAUCAUGGACCAGACCUAUAACGAAUUGCCUGGCCCUGUUUUCUUGUCAAAAGAUAUUCCCUUAGAUAUCCCCUUCCCAUUACAGAAACCCAAGGUCCUGAAGUUGGGACAUGGGGAUGAAGUUGGGGACAAGAGCAUGCUUCUCUCUAAGGAGCCCCUUUCCAACUCAGUGCUUAACAACUACAUGGAAAAAGAAGUUCAGGAACUCUAUAAACAGUUUUUGGAAGAGAAGCUGACUCAGUGCAACUCCAUCUCCCAUUUCUUGAUGUCAAAUGUGCUGAUGAGUAACGUUGGGGAGGGCCACCACCCUCUGUCUCAUGGACACCAACAAACUCUCUUGCAUUCUCUGGCUCGUUUUGGCUUGCACAACACUAGCGGUGGAAACAGCAGUGAAUUGAGCACCCCAAAUUUGCAAAUCUCCACGCCGCUUUGCAAAAGAAAACGUCUGUGAUGCAAUGUGUGCAAUGAAGGAAAGACCCUGAUUCUCUUUUUUUUGGUGUAGUCUUUGGUUAAUACUAGAGUGGACAAGCUUUGAUGGCCACGUGAUAAACUCAACGUUUCUGGGAGGUGAGAAGGAUACCAGUGAGCAGGGUGAUAGCAUAUAUAGAGUGAGGCCCUAUCAUGUAUAGAAAAGAGUCCAAGAUCUUCCUGAAAGUUUUUCUUUUUAAGAAACAUACAAUGUAAAAAAAAAUACUAAGCCUAUUUUAGGGUUUAUGCUACAUUUUUCCUGUGUAUCAGUGAUUUUUAGCAAUCAUAGCAGGAAUUCUAGAGGUGGUGGCAACAGUGAUGAUAGAAAAGUAGACUUAAGAACAGUAUUUGACCCUGGGCUCAUACCUGGCUUAAUUCUAAAGCAUACAGUCUUCUUUAAGAUGCUACAGGACAUUUGCCAUAAGAGAUUUACUUAUUCUUGGGAAUUGCAAUUGUGUGAGGGUUGGACUAUAAACAUAUCUGAUUCCAUCCCCUCAUUUUAUUUUGGCAUUUCAAAAACUUUGUCCUAUAAAGUUCAUAUAUUUCUCCA